AAUUAUUGUUCAUAUUUGGCAUAUGAUAAUGAAUCUGCUACUUUUCUUCUUCCUUUCCGUAGUUUGGUCAAGGGAUUCAAGGAUGCAAAGGAUAAACAAUAAUGGGUCAUCCGGAGGAGCAGCAGCAGCAGCAGCAGCAGGAGUAGGGCAUUCAGCAUGUGCUUCAUGCAAACACCAAAGGAAGAAGUGCGAUCAAAAUUGUGUGUUGGCGCAAUAUUUUCCGGCUAGCAAGAACGAGGAGUUUCAGGCGGUUCAUAAAAUCUUUGGAGUAGCAAACGUGACAAGAAUGAUAAAAAGUGGGAGAGAGGAAGACAGAAAGAGAAUUGCGGAUUCGCUGAUAUGGGAAGCUAUUUGCAGGCAACGCGACCCGGUUUUAGGGUCUUAUGGAGAGUAUGUCAAAGUUUUUAACGAGCUUAAGGACUUGAAAUUUAAAUUACAAGUACAAAAUCAAGCAUUGCAGCAGGUUCAUCAAGGAACAGAACAAGUUCCAUGGAAUAAUGGAACUAAUGGGAUCAAUAGAGGACUUCUAGCAAUCAACAAUACAGUGUGCAGUUAUUAUAAUAGUCAUGGGAAUGGUAAUUCUAUGUAUGAUAGGAGUAGCAGAUUGAUAAACUAUUCUCAGAAUUUAGAUGAAUUGAAGGAAGAGAGAGAUAUGGUUUCUGUUCUUGUUGCGGUGCAGCAACAACAACAACAGCAGCAACAACAUCAAAUACAACAACAUUCCAAUGGGGUAUUUGAUCCGCAUUACUGCCUUCCAGGUUAAUGGACAUCCCUCGUCUAAUUAAAGAUUAAUUUUGAU